AUGGGAGUAUUUUGGACUGGAAUGAAAUAUGUGUUUACCGAUUUUUCGUGUUGGACAUCAACUCAUGGAAUUCCUCAUAUUGGAAUGGCCAAUGCUAAAUGGCUCAGGUAAAAAUAUUUGGAAAAAUAACAAUUUUCAAAAGUUUUUAUUUUUAGAGCAUUUUGGGUUUUGGUUGUUUUGGUCAAUGUUGGAUUAUUUAUUUGGCAAUUCAUUUCACUUUUGGAUAAUUAUUUAUCAUUUAGUGUAAAUACUGAAACUACAGUAGGUUUUUGAGAAAACAUUCGUGCAAUCCACCCAUUUAAAUAGUAGUGCAUCUCGCAUUUUUUAUCAAUAUUUUUUCACUCCACUUUUUUUUCAAAAUAAAAAAGGAAAUAUUUAUUAUACUAUUUCAGUUGGAAUUUGCUGAACGAGUUUUUCCCACGGUAACAAUAUGUCAUUUAAAUGCGUGGAAACUGACAGAAUCAACGACUGCAGAUAAAGAUUUGAGCGAUUUGGUAAGAAAAACGAAACUUGAUAAUUGGAGACAAAAUGCAAUUAUUCAUGAGAAAAUUCAAGUAUUUUUCUUGGUUUCGUUUCGUAAAAGUUAAAGAAAUCAAGAAUACUUGAGAAUUGGAUUUGAUACUUGGGAGAAAAAGAAGACUGAAAAUUUUGAAUCAACAUUUUUUUGGAAACGUCACAGUAAAAUCUACCUACAGUAAACGGGAAGGGGAAUGAGCAAAUCAAUUUAAAAAAAAAUAAAAGGUGACUUUUGAGAUAUCUAUCUAUAGAUAUCUAUCUAUAGAUAUAAAGAUGAGAAGAGAAGUUUAAAACUCAAGAAAAAAGUUCCAAAUAAUAAAUUUUUCAACGUGGUUGAAACAUUCGAAACUGUGAAACUGAUUUUAUUAUCCAUUUUUGCGUUUUCAAGGUAACUGCUUAUAAUUCAUAUUCAACGAAUUCACCAUUUGGUUUACCUUCAACACUAAAUGAAGAUCGACAACAAACAGCUGCAAAAUGGACUUUGAUGUAUUCGGAAAAAUUGAAAAAUUUAUACUAUGAUAAUGGCGAAGAUAUUGCAUAUUCUUAUGAUGAUUUAGUUGUUAGUUGUACUUAUAAUGCAAAAACAUGUAAUCAAACGUAAGUAUUUAAGAGAAAUCUUUUAAAAAAUUUCAUCAAGUUUUUCACAAAAUAUUUCAAUAUUUCAGUGACUUUGUUGAUUAUUAUAAUCCAACAUACGGUAAUUGUAUUCAAUUCAAUUAUGCUGGAGAACAAAGUUCAUCUCGAGCUGGUCCACUUUAUGGUCUUCGUAUGGUUAUUCGAACAGAUCAAAAUACAUAUUUACCAUGGACUGAAGCAUCUGGAGUUAUAAUUGAUAUUCAUAAUGAUGAUGAGACACCAUAUCCAGAUAUGCUCGGAUAUUUUGCACCUCCUUCAACAGCUUCUUCACUUGGUGUUAGCUAUGUUUCAACAACAAGAUUAAGUAGUCCUUAUGGAACUUGUACAACUCAAAAAACAUUGAAAACAACACAUUUUACUGGAAAUUAUUCGGUGAGACCAAAAACGUGAGAAUAAUAAUUCUUUGAACAAGAUUGUUUUUAGACAGAAUCAUGUUUCCGUUCUUGUAUGCAAGAUAAAAUAGUAAGUACUUGUGGAUGUUAUUAUCCAGCAUAUUCUCAUGCAAGUAAUACAAGUCAAUAUGUUUCAUGUGAUGAUGGAACAAUUACAAGUUGUAAGUUCAGUUUUUUUUUGAUAUUUGAAAAAUGCUUUGCAAAAAUUUCAGUGCAAUGUGUUGACACAAUUAUAAGCGCCGAUUCAACAGUUUUCGAUGUUUUGACAGAAUGUAAUUGUCCACAACCUUGCGAGUAAGAUUUUUUAUUGGAGUUAUUUUUUUAUAAUUAUUUUCUUUUAGACAAGAUUCAUACAGUAUUACCGUAUCAACUGCACAAUGGCCAUCUAAUACAUAUACUGUAAGUUUUAAAAGUUUCAAUUUUUUCGAAAUACAAUAUUCAGCCAACUGAAUGUACACCUGGAAGCACGGCAACAUCUCAACCCUGGUUAACUUUGUCUGAAACUUGUUUGGAAUGGUAAACCACUAUAAAUCCGAAAAAUCCUUCUUCCCAAUUUUCAGGUAUCAACAAAAUACAUUAUUGAUUGAAAUAUAUUAUGAAAGAAUGAAUUAUCAAGUUUUGACAGAAUCUGCUGCGUAUACUGUAGGUGAAAAAAUCAUAAUACUCAAAUUUUAUAUUUGUUUAGUUUGUUAAUUUUAUUUCGGAUGUCGGUGGACAAGUUGGUUUAUUUUUGGGAAUGAGUAUUAUUUCGGUUAUCGAGUUUUUGGUUCUUAUUUUUCUACUUUGCUUUUAUUGUGCAACACAUAAAAGUAGAAAAGAAGACUUCGAGAAAAUUGAGAAGGAUAUUAAUCACGCAAAGGUAAAACUAUAAUUCCACUAACCUUUAAAUUAUUCGAUUUUUCAGAGCGAAGUUGAUCGUGUUGCGAAUCGUAGGAAACAAAAUGAAAUAUAUGAUCCUUCGGAUAUAUCAGAUGAAAUAAUUCCACCAAAACCUGUAGAUAACACAUGA